GCCUCAUACGGUUGUACCGCUUCGUGAGAUCUGCACGAGGCCUCUUCAGCCUGUGCAUCAUACCGGACAGGCCGACGGUGCCUACCUCCCGAUGCAUUCUCCCAGUCCUGAUCGUUGACUUCAUCGAGCGCAUGACUGAGGCUGUACUCUGCCUCAUCAGUCUCGUCGUCGUCAUCAUCAUCAUCAUCCUCUUCGUCGUCUCUGUCGUGCUCGAGCAAGUCAGAAUCGAGAGGUGCCUGAUCGAUGUAAGCCUCUGGUGUCCUGCCAUUGGCUUGAGACGUGUGCGUAGAGUCUUCCACAAGCCCAGGGGCACCUUGGCCAGCCUGUUGGGGGUCUACAUGGCUCAUCACAGGGGAGCAAAGGGGGUGGGUCAACCGUCGACAGAGGACUCGAAAUUGAUUUGUCGCUCCUCCUCGCUCCUCGACUUUGUCAACAGGGCAGCAUGUCUCAGCACAAGCGAUGACCAUGAUCGGCCCGAGGAAGCCGUAGAGUAGCCCGACAUGGCCUUUGCCUUUCAGUGGCCUGCCUUCAGCGAGGGGUUCUAUGCAGAUGCCAGGCAAUUGCUCCAUCAAGCGCUCAACAAAGGACAGAAGCCGCCCAUCAUCGCUGAUGUCAUCAACGUCAAGGAGCUCCACAUGGGCUCAGUCCCACCGGACCUCGAUGUCCUCGAGAUUGGUGACCUCGCCAUGGAUCGCUUCAGAGGGAUCUUCAAGCUGACCUAUGCGGGCGACGCCUACAUCGAGCUCGAGACGAAAAUACAAGCGAAUCCGUUACCUCAUCAGACGAAACCCACGUUGGAUCUGCUGCCUACGCCUGCUAUCCUCUUUGCGUCCGCUCCUCUCAUCGUGCCCAUGAAGCUCCGGCUGUCAGAUCUCAAGCUGCAUGCCAUCAUCAUCCUCGUCAUAUCGAAACAAAAGGGCAUCACCCUUGUUUUCAAGACGGAUCCCCUCCAGUCUGUCAAGGUCUCCUCGACGUUUGACAGCGUAGGCGCGAUACAAGGCUUCAUCCAGAGGGAGAUCGAGGGCCAACUGCGCGAGAUGUUCAGAUCAGAUCUGCCUAGCAUCAUCCACAAGCUCAGUCAACGAUGGCUUAGCGAGGGCGUCAUCAGUGCUUCCGGCGGCAAAGCAGGCGUCAGACGUAAUUUCGAGCCCACAGCUAAGAUUCAGACCCACGUCGCUUAUCGCAAUCGCCCUCGUGAUGCUUCAGAGGAGCAAGACACGCCAGUCGAGGCUGCCGAACCGGUCAAGCAGCCCUCUCGCAAGCCUGCCGAAUCUGCGACGCGGUCAUACGAUGCCGACUCUGUACCGGACGCGCUAGAGAACUAUGACCCCACCUAUGGCAUGCGCGACGACGCUAUCUCGACCGUCGGUGCUUUCGGGGGACUUGGCAAGAUCGCACAGGAAGGUCGAGCUCAUGGCCUCGGUGACAUUGUCGACGAUGACUCGCGUAGCACAACCGCGCUAGCCGAUGCCAUGUCUUCCAUCGAACUCGAUGCUUCAUCUGACAAGGGGCAAGACAGGCUCGUCUGGGAACGUAUACCUGCCGUAGGCGGCGGUACGAUAACUCGCCCUCGCGUCUUUCAUACCCAGUCACAGAUGCGACUCGAGCCUUCGCAUGCUCGCUCAUCGACAGCGUCAGAUGACGCGUCUACCGUAGCGGCCAAUGUAGGCUCACCUCCAAAGCGACCGCAAAUGAGAGCCAACGCAUCCACAAGCGAUGCCCGCAGCUUCCGUGACUUUGAGCAGCCCUUCCUCAGACCUCCCAUGUCGGUCUACAGUCAGACAUCCUUCUCUCGUCCACCCAGCUACAGAAGUCACUCGGCUCUUGGCAGAGCCGAUCCUCGUUCCUUUGUCGACCGAGCUCGCUCCUAUUCGCCCUCUGGAUCGGCGUCAUCCCAAGGAACGGCUGCGCCUGCUCCGGCCUCCGAAGCAGACUAUGAGUCGCAUGGCAUUGUCUUGCGCAGCGAAGGGAAGGAGGCGAUCAUACUAGAUUCUAAGGAAAGCGACUCACUCGCUCAAAUCUCGUUGCUCAAAGUCUCCAACAACACGCUCAGUCCGUUUACGCGCAAGCCCGAACACUUUACAGCUCGCAGUGCGCCCUUUGUGCCUGGCCAAUCCGGCGAAGGCCUCAGAUCGGCCGACCUCAUGCCCAUCAGGGCAACCCGCAAGAGACUACAUCGCAUGGGCAACAAGAGUCAGACCAGGCGAGCCGCGCCCGUCACACCUGACCGAGACGCCACCGAAAGCGAGUACUUUGCGUGAAAAGUUACAACCACACUGUUGUUGUCAUAUUUGUACGCAUUCACGAUCUCACAUUGCUGCGUUGAUACACGUCCACAUGCUGUGAUGCCGGACGACUUGGCGGCGCGUUUGCGCUCUGCUCGCGGAAUGAUGAAGCUGGGUAGGACUUGCCGCCCGUGGUGACGUCUGGCUCCUUGCUUUCUUCUCCUGAGCUGACCCGCUGAGGCGUUUGGCUGAACGCCAGAUGCGGUCUGGUGACUCGCUCAAAAUUGUCGGAUUGACCUCUCGCUCUCUUUCGGUGUGCACUCGAGGAAGCGUCC